AUGAUGUUCCAACUUUUAGUUAUUGCCACUGCUAUUGGCGUCUCAAUUCAACAAAAUCUUGGCUGUAAUUCAGCUCCACUUCCAGAUCUCAAUGGAAGUUGUCCACCAGGAACUACAAUUAUUCCAGGACAGGGAUGCUGUCCAAAUGGAGACCUUUUCACCAUCACAACAACCACAACCACAACCGCCGCCGCUGUCACCACAACUAGAACUGGUGUCACCACUACAACUUGUGUUGAUUUGACAAAUCCUUCUACUGGAACAAGUGAUUGCACAAGAAUGGCAGGAUACUGUUUCAACUCCGUCUACCUCACUUUGAUGAGACAACAGUGCCCAAGAACUUGUGGAUACUGUACCGCAACUGCCACAACCACUGCUACAUCCACAACUUGCGUUGAUUUGACGAAUCCUUCAACGGGAACAAGUGACUGCGCAAGAAUGUCAGGAUACUGUUUCAACUCCGCCUACCUCACUUUGAUGAGACAACAAUGCCCAAGAACCUGUGGAUACUGUACUGGAACUGUGGUCACUACUACUCGUACCACGACCACAUGCGCUGACUUGACUAAUCCAAGCACGGGAACCAGUGAUUGCCCAGCUAGAGCUGGUCUCUGCAAUAACUCAGUUUACCUCACUUUGAUGAGACAACAGUGCCCAAGAACAUGCGGUUAUUGCACUGUCGGAUAA